CAGAUCGAUGGAAACGAUGAUCACGCUGCGAUGACAUGACUGUUCGGAUUAUCAGACCGUGUCAAGAAUGAAUCCAUGAAAGUUCAGGAACUCAAACUGUAAAAACAGAACAAACGUCACUCCUAUAACCUUUUCUACUCUGGCUGAAGGUGGCCUUUUUUACCCCUCCAAAACAAGAGGUACAGGGGGCGGAGCCUUCAGUGAUCAGACCGCCCUCUACGGAGAUUAUCUACCAGUCAGGGUCCGGGAGGUAGACCCCUUUGACCUUUAGGAAUGGACUCAAGACUUUCCUUAUCGGUGUUUAGAGAGAUGGUUCAGAGUUGGACUACAAUAGACUUAGACUACUAUAGACUUAGACUACUGUAGACUCAAACUUAUAGACUUAGACCACUAUAGGCUUAGACUACUAUAGGCUCAGACUAAGAGACUUAGAUUACUAUGAGCUCAGUUAAUUCACUUAUGCUCAAUCGGGGCUGCUCUUUGUUUGUUGUUUUCUUUCUUUGUUUGGUUCAUCUUCCAAUCAGAGGGCACAGCUGUGAUCAGCUGACCUGUAAAAGGAACUAUCACAGGACUCGACAGUGCGACCGUUUCACUCGCAUUUGCGACUAAAAAUAAGACGUGUGCGAAUUGUAAAAUGUAUUAAGGGUCACGUGUGCGGAUAAAAAAAUCAACAAAUGUUUUUUUUCCUGUAAAUACGGCGGUGAAGUUAGUUUCAGGUUGGAUAUAUUUUCCUGUAAAUACGGCGGUGAAGUUAGUUUCAGGUUGGAUAUAUUUUCCUGUAAAUACGGCGGUGAAGUUUGUUUCAGGUUGGAUAUAUUUUCCUGGAAAUACGGCGGUGAAGUUAGUUUCAGGUUGGAUAUAAUUUCCUGUAAAUACGGCGGUGAAGUUAGUUUUAGGUUGGAUAUAUUUUCCUGUAAAUAUGGCGGUGAAGUUAGUUUUAGGUUGGAUAUAUUUUCCUGUAAAUACGGCGGUGAAGUUAGUUUUAGGUUGGAUAUAUUUUCCUGUAAAUAUGGCGUUGAAGUUAGUUUUAGGUUGGAUAUAUUUUCCUGUAAAUACGGCGGUGAAGUUAGUUUUAGGUUGGAUAUAUUCCCUUGUAAAUAUGGCGGUGAAGUUAGUUUUAGGUUGGAUAUAUUUUCCUGUAAAUACGGCGGUGAAGUUAGUUUCAGGUUGGAUAUAUUUUCCUGUAAAUACGGUGGUGAAGUUAGUGUUAGGUUGGAUAUAUUUUCCUGUAAAUAUGGCGGUGAAGUUAGUUUUAGGUUGGAUAUUUUUUCCUGUAAAUACGGUGAAGUUAGUUUCAGGUUGGAUAUUUUUUCCUGUAAAUACGGUGAAGUUAGUUUCAGGUUGGAUAUAUUUUCCUGUAAAUAUGGUGAAGUUAGUUUCAGGUUGGAUAUAUUUUCCUGUAAAUACGGCGGUGAAGUUAGUUUUAGGUUGUAUAUAUUCUCCUGUAAAUAUGGCGGUGAAGUUAGUUUUAGGUUGGAUAUAUUUUCCUGUAAAUACGGCGGUGAAGUUAGUUUCAGGUUGGAUAUAUUUUCCUGUAAAUACGGUGGUGAAGUUAGUGUUAGGUUGGAUAUAUUUUCCUGUAAAUAUGGCGGUGAAGUUAGUUUCAGGUUGGAUAUUUUUUCCUGUAAAUACGGUGAAGUUAGUUUCAGGUUGGAUAUAUUUUCCUGUAAAUACGGCGGUGAAGUUAGUUUCAGGUUGGAUAUAUUUUCCUGUAAAUACGGCGGUGAAGUUAGUUUUAGGUUGGAUAUAUUUUCCUGUAAAUAUGGCGGUGAAGUUAGUUUCAGGUUGGAUAUUUUUUCCUGUAAAUACGGUGAAGUUAGUUUCAGGUUGGAUAUAUUUUCCUGUAAAUACGGCGGUGAAGUUAGUUUCAGGUUGGAUAUAUUUUCCUGUAAAUACGGCGGUGAAGUUAGUUUUAGGUUGGAUAUAUUUUCCUGUAAAUACUGCGGUGAAGUUAGUUUCAGGUUGGAUAUAUUUUCCUGUAAAUACGGCGGUGAAGUUAGUUUCAGGUUGGAUAUAUUUUCCUGUAAAUACGGCGGUGAAGUUAGUUUCAGGUUGGAUAUCUGACGGACAUUCUCUGAGGAUCUACCGCUGUCUUCUCACUCUCCAUAACCAGGAAUAACAACAGCAGCGCGGUUAAAUCUACUCGACACCCUCACUGUCAACGUCGGUGUUGAAUAAGGGACCGUCAAUAAAUUACCGGUUGAUGUUCUCAGAAAAGGCUGUUUUCCUUCAAUAGCUUCAGUGUCAUGUGACCAAAAGACCUAAAAUUGAUUUUAAAUAAUUGUACUAAGGUCGAUCAAUAAGACAAACAUUAUUUGAUUAAUUAAGUCUUUUUGUGCUCCUUACUUUUUCAACUUAGGAAAACAUGUGAACAAAGUUAAUGUCAAGCCCUGGGUUCAAUCACUUUUUUAAAAUCCUGACUUUUUUCACCAUCAACUUUGAUUUGAUUUGAUGUUAGUACGAUAAUAACCAGCAGGGGGCUUAUUUACGUCCUUAAAUCAGGGAAUUACAGGUGAAAAUGCAGCAGAUUACUGUGAAUUUAGAGUCUUAAAGACAUUUAUUCUCCAGGAGAUCAGAGUCAAAGUGACUGUUUGUGUUUCUGUAUUUGAGGAUAAAUGAGGAUUUAAAGACCACCACCAAGACCACCUCUGCUCCGGCCUGGUCUAAUCUGUCAGGAAUUCACUUCAGGACCAAGGAGAGCACACACACACACACACACCCUGAGACUGGACUGACCUGGAGAAGAACCCCCUCAGUUCUGGUCCAGUCCGGGUCCAGACCAACCUGUUGGUUCUGAUUGAUGGUUUGUCUGUCUGCAGAAUCCACUCAGGUUAAAAACACUCCAUGUUCAUUAAAUUGAUGAUUAAAAUAAAAACACUGUGAUAGUAUGGUACGUGGGCUCUUUAUAGGUCCCCCCAUUAGACUGGCCUACCCCCCCACCCCCAUAAACCCCCUAAUAAACCCACAGACAGACACAGACACAGAGGCCACAUGUGUUUAAAUAUCUGUGACAUGGACACGCAGCGUGGGGCCUUCCACGCUGUUUUCUGCUCUAAACUCAGUCCUGAGUGGAUUUUCGUGUCAGUGGACGGACAGCCUCCUUCAGACGGACGUUAACGGCAGAAUCUCCCGGUAACAGAUAAACAAAAACACCCGUACCCUUCACUCCUUCCCUCCGUCCUCCUCGGUGAGGGCUCCCCGGCCUCUCUGCUCUCUCCUUCGGCGUCGAUGAUGUUCGUCUGUCGGUGUGUCGCUGCUCGGUACCGCCGGGGCCUGCUGCUGGUUCCGUUUCUCCGGUUCCCCGCCUUCUCGCUCUCCCUCCUCGGUGCGACCCUCCGCCAGCCCCGCCGCCAUCAGCGCCAGCGGCAGGUCAAGCUCGCGCGGCGCGGGACGACGCAUUUCCGCCUUCUUGCUAAAGUCGAUUUCAAAAUAAAAGCCCGAUUUACGGUUUAUGCAGAACAGGCUAAAAGGUCACCGAAAAGGCGAAAACAGUUCUCUUAAAUUCAGAGGAGGUAAUAAGACCUCUAAAGACAUUCUAAUGUUAUUCUCUAAAUUCUGGAAACGUUUUGAAGUACUCAUAAUUUCUCUUAAAUCACUUUAAUCAAGUUUCACAGCUGAAAAACACUUAAAGGUGGGGUGGACAGGAUUCCAUUAAAAAGGCAUCUUUUUAUUUUGUGGUUCAUUUAAAAAAAUUUUCUAAUAUCAGUCAAUAGUUAUUAGUUAUUGAUGACAUUUGGUAAUAUAUUGAUAUCUCUGUGUUCUCUUAUGUCUGUGUCGUCAACAUUUGAACAUUUUUGAGCGGUCCGCUCUUUCUGACUGUAAACAAAGCCGUUCUCCACCUCCUCUAACCUGAUUGGUUGUGAGGCAGACGCUGCUCCCCCGUGUCGUUCAGGAGCCCAAACAAAGUUAGCGUGCUACAAUAUCGGACAGUAGAAACCAACCAGAAAGUUUGGAAAAUUGUCUGAAUCCUCCUUUGGCCACGACUGCUGACACAAGCAAGAAAACAAAGUAAAUACCGGAGACUCUGGAGGAAUAACGGGCGCUUGUCAAACGGACCUGCUGUAUGUCGUUGCGCCGCUGGAGCUGAGGGGAAAACUGGUUGGAGGGGUAGAGUUUACAUUCAAGAUUUCUCCCAAAAACUGGGACUAACUCAGUACUCAGCCUUAAAUUAAUGAUGUUCGAUUAUUUAGAAACACCCAGUGGACUCACAGAGACUCACAGAGACAUUAAUCCUGGUUACUGUCGAGUUUAAGGAAGUCAAACCUAGACAUCAUCACAGCAGUUACACUAAACCUACCUGUGUGCUGUUCCAAGUGUCAUCAGAACCGUUUUAAUUUGUACUAACUUACUUUGAAAUCAAACCGGAAGUGGUUAUUGCCCGUUUUUUUCCGGUUUGACGGCCCCGCCAUUACAGACACCAACCGGUAACGGCAGCGAGAGUCCUGCAGUCGAGAACCGUCAGACUGAGGCUGAAAUCAGGGCAGAAAAUCAGAGAACAGGGAUUAAAUUUAAACCUACAAACGUGUUUUUAGAUUUAGUCCUGAAAUCACAGAAAACGGAGAGUUUAAUUAUUAAAAAAAUCACAUUUAUGGUCCAAAAUGUCCGAGAGAAGCUGAAAUAAUCAGGGAUCAUAUAAAGCCAAUAAACGGAACAGACGCUCUUCGCUGUAGUUUGGGUUAUCAAUCAUUAUAAACAUUGAUAAGGGGAAAUAGAGAGAGAGAUUAUGGAUUCUUAUGGCGGACGCACUGGGUUCUGAUUGGCCAGAGGGAUGAGCUGAGGGCCAAUCAGAGAGCAGGCUGAGUGAAGCUGCCGCUCCUAGCAACAAGAGGAAAGUUUGUCCUCUGAGUGAAAAACAGCAACAGGAAACUCGAAACUUCACUAACACUCAGUCAUUUUUCAUUAAAGUGUUCAGAAACGUAAAAAGGAAGAAUCAAAGUUUAUAAAAUCUCAGGAGAGUUCGAGUUUUGACGACCACUGAAGGGAUUCUGGGAGCAUGUGGAGAUUUCCACUCCAGAGUCUGUUUAUAUGAUGAUUACAGAAAUAGAUUCUUAAUCCCGUCGCUCAGCACAAAACAGACAAUCAAGAGAAGUCAAGUAACCAAAGCGAAGGCCGACAGCGUGAGAAAACGCCCACCCUGAGGUCACAUGUUGGUGUACACGCCAUCCUCUCAGUUUAACUGGACAGACUACACUAAUUUGGGUAUUUUUGGACCUUGUUCACUCACAAAACUCGGGUUUUAGUCAUUUUAUCAUUUCAAAAACAAAAUCAGAGACAUGAAUUCAUGCUUUCAUCACACACAGAUUAUUGUAAUGCCCUAAAAGAACAUUUCACACCUGCAUUUGAAGGUCUCUGCAUCAGCUCCCCGUCUCUUUUAAAAUAGAUUUUAAGGUUGUUUUAUUGGUUUUUAAAGCUCUUCUUAUUUACCUUCUGAGUCAGGUCGAGUCCUCAGGUCUUCAGGAAGUUCUCUGUGAACAUUAUUAAAGUUAUAACCAAAACAUAUGGUGAGGAACCUUUUUAUUAGUACGGAACAGCUGACCUGAAGACCUGAGGACUGAAACUAAGCUUAAUGACUUUAAAACCAAACUAAAAACCUUUUAACUCAAUUUUAUAUCAUUAACUUUAAGUGUUUUAGCAUUUGUCUCUUUUUAGUUUUAGUCACAGGAUCAUCUUUUAUUGAGCUAAUUUGUUUUUAUUUCAUUUAAUUGAUUAUUUCUUAAAUUUCAUUUUAUGUUCAUUUGUUGUUUUUUUUCUUUAUCUUGAGUUUUAAAACAGCGUUUCUUCAGUGCGCACAUUAAAGCCCUUUUUAAGUUCAUCCAUUUUAAUUCUGUUUCUGUUACAUGGUUGUGUAUGACAAGUGCUGUAUAAAUAAAGACUGGUUGAUUGAUUGAUUGAUUGAUUGAUUGAUUGAUAAUUAAAGGUGGAGGGCUUUGAUAAAACAGAAACUUUGCUGUCCAGGAUUUUACAGAUCAGGAAGGAGUGGAGCUUUUCUCUGGAGAGUUUUGUCGCCCUCUGGUGGUCACUCAGUGUAAAAAUAAGACAGAAUCUGCUCACCAAAACAUGAUCAUGAUCUAGAUUUCAGUCUGCAUCUAUACGGGAGUCUCUCUGAUGAAACAACAAACAUUUCAACUCUCCUCGUCGUAAAAUCACGUCUUUGUGACAGAGACUCUGUGCUACCAGAACCAGUCCAGUUGGAUCAGAACACAUGGACCUGGUCUUUACCCUCCACACAGGUCUUGGCGGUCCAUGAUCCUGAUCAUCUGCUCUCAGAUGUCUUUGGAUUUGGUCUUCAUUCAUGGUUCAGUGUUUCUGUAGGAGCCAAAUAUGUUGCUGUGAAACAUGUGAUGAGGUGCAGUUCACCUUUUGUGCCCCAGGUGUCGCUGUCUUGUUAUCUUGGGGCUCAGGAAUAGAGGUAGUCAUGUCACUGUUGUGGGCGGGUGUUCGACAGUUGUGUUUUCCCUGUUUGUUCGUCACUAUAAAUUUAUUUUGUUUUCUGAAUCUGAGGAUCAGCGUCCGGACUUUCAACGAUCAUCACGACUCACGGUAAAAGUUUGUAGAGCGGCGCGUCACCCCGGUUACUCCAGGUCAAACAUCUGAGUAGCUUUAAGUAUCGACUCAGCUCCUCCAGUAUCCAUCAGACAUUCGUACCCAGGUGAACCCGGUUCUCGCUCUCUGAAGAACGUCAGACGGACACCCAUCAUGAACCUAAAACCUCCUCGUCUUCCUGAGGUCUUCAGGUCCUAACAAAGCAGCCCCCCUCUUACAAACAUGAACUCACAGAUCACCCAGAAGAUUUAUCAGAUUCAUCAUUUAUUUGUUGAAUUAUCGGAAACAUGGCAGCUUUUGGAGCAUCGUAAUGGUUUUACAACAACAACAGAAAAAUUAUCCAGUAGAUCAGCGUCAACGGGGUUAGGUCUCUAACAUGGUGACAGAAAACAAAACCUUUACCACCUACGACUCAUUUAAACUCAACUUUAUUUACCGGAACAUUAACGAGAAACUGAAGCUCAUCGGAAAAACACGACCGAGGUGAUUCAGGAGUACUUUCGUACGUUCAUCACAGCAGACAUUCCAGAUUUUCACUCGGACAAGUUUCCUCAGCUCCGAACUCCGAGCUAAGACUGAGACCAGCAUCCAAAUGUUGGUUUGUUGUUCAUCAAUAUUCCAACUGUGGAUCCACGGACCUGCAUCUGUUUAAUGCUGCGUUCCAGUUUCCUCGGGAGUCGGAUGUCGGAGCUGAAAAUGACGUCACAUCCGAGUUCCCAGCGUUUCAGUUACCAAGUUGAAAAAAAAGCAAAAUCGUAUCUUGUCUUGUCUGAAUAUUAGGCAAGUGCUAAAAUAACUUUCAUAGAUGAAGCCAUCUUGUUUCAGGCCUCCGAUUUUGCUUUUUUUCCGACUUGGUAACUGAAACACUGGUAACUCGGGUGUGACGUCAUUUUCAGUUCCGACAUCCGACUUCCGAGGAAACUCGAACGUAGCAUAAGAGCACCAGGUGUUCUGGUUUACAGAGUGACCCUGUUACGGGCAAAACCCACAGGGUCUGGAACGGCUCCGCUCCAGCACGGCAGGCGGAUCAGAUACGCAAGGCUUCGCACGGCGCAUCAGUUCAGUACAGCCCCGCAUGAGCAGCAGCGGAGGUUGUAUGCGGUUACAAAGUAAAAUAUCUGGUUAAUUUUCAAAAUAAAAUAAAGUCAACACAGUGAAUUGUUCUUAGCUUGAUAAUAGGAGAGGCCAGGGUUGAGGGAUGUGGGUGUUUACAUACAUCUAUCAGAGGAUCUCAUUCAAUGCCUCAUGAGGAAACACGCAAGAUCUCCCGAGAGCUUGUCCAGUCAGAACUAUCAGUAAUAUUCUGAGAGCUUCUUGGCGGACUGGAUCCGGUGGGCACUAUAUACUUGGGUAUUUGAUCCGCCUGUUGGUCCAGAGUGGAGUGAAGCCAUUUCAGAUCCAGUGGAAUCCCCGGGUUGUCUGGUGACCUUUGGGCGAAGGUGUUGUGCCAUGAGCGGUUUUACAGAAAGUGGUCUAGAGUGUUUGUCUUUGGCUUCUACGACUCCUGGACUAGUUCUCAGCCCCCACCUGAAAGAUCUAAAGCACAGAGUCUAAGGUCCAUGGCACUAGGUGAGUUGAGGCAUUUCUGACCUUUGGUUGCUGGUCAUUAUAUGGAUGCUAAGAGGUUGAACUAAGUCACUGGAUGACUCAAAGGUGAACGUGGAUCACACCAAUCAAUGCCCUUUGCUCUUGUUCCCGUUCAGAGGCAGGUGUUCUGGGGCGCCGAUAGCCUCAGGACAUGUCAACGUUUUCAGACAGUCGAACGAGUUGAACGAGUCCUGUGCAUGUUCCAGCAAAGAAAGGUUGGAUUUGAUGGAAACACACGGCUGUACUCUGAGGAUUCUGUUCAGGCUCUUUGAGUAUCUUCAGUUCCAGUCCGUCUGCACAGAAAACAGAACUAUGUCGAGCCUGGAGAAGGUCUAGGACUUGAUUAAGCAGGUGUGUGAGGUGACAGUGCCCUCAUCUUCUGGCAUCCUGGGAUCAGCCUCAUAUAGUAUCAUGGUGUAUGCAGACAAGAGACAGUACUGAACCACUGACAUCAGACCUCACACAGAUCCGGGAGUCCUUUUCCAUGAGCCAAAGUCAGUCCCGGUCAGUAGAAACAACAUACCUACAAAGUAGAAACUCACAACUUCUGUCUACUUCAGUGAAAUCUAUCCGACACCACGUGAGGCACAGGAAUUGACUGGUUGCUUCUGAAUAUGACAUAGGUAUGUUAUUGACCAAUCACAGCUGAGCGCCCUCCAGUAACAAACAGGAAGUAGAAAUCUUCGUCAUCAUGGUUCUCGUCUGUCCAGAACGUUGUCCAGAUUUCACUUGUUUGUCGUUUUGGCUGAAAUUUCUCCACAGCUGAUUUAAUGUCCUUUAAAGCACAACAGUCCUUGAGGUAGUGUGUGUGUGUGUGUGUGUGUGUGUGUGUGUGUGUGUGUGUGUGUGUGUGUGUGUGUGUGUGUGUGUGUGUGUGUGUGUGAGUGUGUGUGUGUACAUAUAUUUAUAUGUUGGCAUCAUUUCUUCAUCCCUUUCUGUCGGUCCAGAAACUUUUGUCUCCUUUCAAGUGGAAUCUCAUCCAAACUGAUGCCAUGAUUACUCGCCCUGAGAGAGAGAGAGAGAGAGAGAGAGAGAGAGAGAGAGAGAGAGAGAGAGAGGUAUAUCCUGACACCUGUCUUUGUUUGUUUUUAUUAGUUUUACUUUGAAAGGGUGAAUCUGAAAGUUUUUCUAUCUUACCCUCCGGUGAGGUCUGGGGGAACAGGAAGUGGUUUAUUGAAUCCCUCUCGACCCAUCAGCCAGUAGGUGUCCAUGGUCCCCUUUACCUGCAGACACAAACAAACCGUCACCUUUAACAGAGCAGACCAAAAUCCUGAUCCUGGUUUUCAUUGACAGGGUUUAGUGUCCCAGCAGGUGAGCGUACCGUUGCCUUCCUGGUGUCUAUGUGGUAUCCCAGUUUGAGACUGGUCAGGACCUUCACCGUGCUCAGACUGAUGUGGAUCCUGUAGGCUGGAGACCACAAACACAACAUCACAACACUUCACAUUCUGGGGUCCAAGUGGUCUUCCUCUGACUCCGCACAGUCUAAGUCCGGGGAAGGCCACCAAGUCAAGCCCAGUCCGCAACACAUCAGGUGAUCUUAAAGUGAGACCAAGAUCAGCCGACAGCUCCACCUUUAAGCAUGACUAACCCCCAAUUUCCACCGCAUCCGGAACAGCUCCGAUCUGGAACGGCAACGAUUUUUACCGUCUGCCAAUUCCUCCCGGCUUCGAUUCUGAGGCGAAUUUCGUGGCGGAUUACAGACAGCGGGAAUCCUGAGAACUCACAAGAACCCACAAAUUCAUGUGCAAUCGCGCAAAAUCAAUUUGUCUCUUGGCCACAAAGGCUAACAGUAAAAGCAGUAGAUUGUGUCCUUCCAGAGGAGGAAAUCCACUUCUAGACUUUUGUGCCGACUUCCUCUCCAGCACGGGUUAAUCUGUGCUGGAUUUAUCCGCCAUGCUCCGGCGUCCAGAAAAAAUAAAACUCUUGCGAUCAGCUGAGGAGUCCGGCGAUCCGCAGAGGAACGGAAAGAAGUCGGUUAUGGUUACGAUCAGCUAUGAUCGGCGGAUAUGGCCUUUUUGUGGCCAUUCUGGAUGCAAUGGAAAUUGGGGGUAAUGCAGACUCGGCUCUGUUCCCCAGGAUCUUUGCUGCUGCUCUGCCCGCCUAUGCUGUGUCUGAUUUCACCAGUGUCUCAGAGGCCGUCCCUGAUACCUGCUCGGUUCUGUUCCCCCUGGUUCCGGUACUGCCAUAUAAAGUUUCUUGUGUUAAUUAAUUCUCUGUAAAGUCAUUAACUGAGUUGACUCUUUUUUUACGUACGCAAUCCAGUAGCCUCCAUGUGAGAUGCUGUCGUCACCGUGUCACCAAACAGGCAAUACCUGGGCAUCGUCAACCCAACCACGCCAGCAACCACCGGACCUGUAGGAAGACACGGGUCCAGAAGGAGACGGUUUCUUGAGAAGGGUCAGAAGGACUCAGACGGUUCAGGGACAGAAGGACUCAGAGGGUUCAGGGACAGAAGGACUCAGACAGUUCAGGGACAGAAGGACUCAGACGGUUCAGGGAGGGGCUGUUUUGAUCUACUGUGUUGUCAGGAACAUAGACUAGGUACCUGAGUGCAGGCCGAUUCGGAUCUUGACUUUGAUCUCGGGCAUGUGUCUGAUCUUGAAAGCUGCGAUGGAGUGCAGGAUGUCCAGAGACAUGUUGGCCACUUCCCCGGCGUGCCGAUUUCCGUUCCUGUUGGGGACCCCUGAAGCCACCAUGUAGGCGUCACCGAUGGUUUCCACCUGUAAAGGAAUCCAGAGGCCGUCACAGCGGUCCGAGGGUCACAGAGUAACCCCCACGAGAACUCGUCUCUCUCACCUUGUACACAUCAUGGAGAGCUAUGAUGGCGUCAAACAUGGUGUACAGGUCGUUGAGCAGGUCCACCACCUGAACACACAUACGGACACGCUCAGCACCGAAAAAACAGCGACAUCAGAGAUGAUCGUCAUUUUCGUAUAAUCAGCGGUUUCUACCUCGAUGGGUUCACUGAGCGCCGAGAUGGUCGUAAAUCCCACGAUGUCACUGAAGUACAAAGUGCAGUCGGAAUAAUGUUCGGGCCGGACCGGCUUCCCCUUCUUCAGAGCCUGAGCCACAGACCUGACACACACACACACACACACACACACACACACACACACACACACACACACACACACACACACACACAGGUUACAUCACUGCUUCAGGAGAACCUACAAACCCUCUGACGACUACGUAGGUCUCCCCUGGGAUCUGGACCAGGGAACCUUCACACUGAUCACUAACCACUGAGCCACCAGGUCUGGUUUUCCUUACUUUGGCAGCAGCUGUCCAACCAGCUUCUCCGUCUUGUUCCUCUCGACCUCCAGCUCGUCCGUCCUCUCCCGGAUCAGAUCCUCCAGGUUUGAGCUGUACUGCUCCAACAUCCGCAACAUGGAGUCAAUGAUGUUCGCCCUCUUCCCCCGAUUGAUGCCCCGAAACUGUGAACACAGAGCACGACAACUGAGGAAAGAUCUACGAAAACCCCAUCAGUCAACUGGACAGAAGAACAGGGACAGUCCAGUCUAAAGAAGUUCAGGUUCUGGUUCAUGUCUUGGCUCGCCAUUUCUCCGGUUUCUCGUCACACUCUCUGUUUGUCUGUGGAUGGAGAACUCACGGUGUCCACUUUAGCCACUCCAAUCACCUGUUUGAAGACUUCGUCAAAGUUCGGCCUCUUUAUCGGAUCUUCAUUCCAGCAGUCGUUCAUCAGGCUGAGACACUCGGCAGGAGCUUCGUCCACUGAAACCAGAGGUCUGCACAUAGGAGGGGGGUGUUUCAGACGCUCCAGGAUCUCUGAGGGACGGACAAGGGGGUCAGAAAGACAGACAGACAGACUCAGUGACAGACAGACAGACAGUGUCCUGUCUCACCCUGGGCCGGCAUGUCCAUCAUGGAGUACGGAAGCGUGCGGGUGAUCACUUCCUGUAUGAUGAUGGAGAAACUGAAGACGUCUCCAGAAAAGGUUCCUCCUCGGAGUGGAUUCUUCAAGAGUUCUGGAGCUGUCCAGAGAAGCUCUGAGAGACGGACAAAGACAGACAUUUGAGACGGACAGAGACAGAGAGAGAGAGAGACAUGCAGAGGCCGGCGGGUGUAAACAGACAAGUAUAACCCCAGAUUUUCACCGCAUCCCGAACAGCUGCGAUCCGUCUGCCAAUUCCUACCGGAUUGUGAGGCGAAUUUUGUGGCGAAUUACCGAAUCACGCUCUCAAACGGAUUCACAUGCAAUCAUGCGAUAACGAGUUGUCUCUAUAAAGACAGACACAUUGACAUAUAAGCAGUAGAUUGUGUCCUUCCAGAGGAGGAAAUCUACUUCUAGACUUCUAGAAUCAGCAUCUCCUCAUCCAUGGUGUCAUCGGGGUGAAAUGACGUCUAAAAACCUUUCACUUGUGAACUCUUGUGAUCAGCUGAGGAGUCCGGUGAUCGGCAGAGGAACGGAAAGAAGUCGGUGUAAAUUGACACGUUAACUUGAAUGGUUACGAUCAGCUACGAUCGGAGGAUACGACCUUUUCGUAGGCGUUCCGGAUGGGGCGGAAUUUGGGGGUAAGACUCAUCUCCUACCUUGAGGAUCUUCAGUCACGUUGAUGUUCUGGGAAUGAAGGAGCACGGGAAGUCCAUAGUCCGUGAUUUUCAAAACAAAGCGCCCGUCCACCAAACAGUUGGUGGAUUUCAGACGACCAUGACUCAAACCUCGCAGGUGGAGGUACUUCAUCCCCUGAAACAAAGUCACAGGACCCAAAACCCCGAUCACAGUUUGGACAGUUCAGAGACACUCUUGAUCUGAGGUCCAAACAGUAUUGAGAAAAGUAACUGUAGUACCAUGUGAGUGUAAUCGGUACCUUGAUGAGGUCCAUGAGCAGUGAACUCUUGAACAUCCAGUCCAGUCUCAUGUUUCCGUCGGCCAACAAGUCCGCCAGACUUCCUCUGGGACAGUGUUCAACCACCAGAGCAAAGAUACCCGAGUCCAGGAACAGACCCAGGUACACGUUCAGGUUCUCGUGUCUCAUGUCUCUCAGCUGGACAGACAGGAAAUAAAGUCCUCAGUCAAGCUUUAUGUCUCGUAACCAUGCUCACCGGGACAUGAGGGAGGUUUGUUCAGAGUGAUGAUCGAGUGUUUCCCACCUGGCUGAACAGGUUCUGGGUACUCUGGUUCACAACUGUGACCAUCUUUCCAGCACAAAUCUUCUUCAGCCAAACCCAGUCACCCUGGAAACAGACCGACCAAUCAGAGCACAGGUCAGUACAGGUGUACUGCUAAACAACCAGGGUUAGAAAUUUGAUGGACUGCAGUCAUACAGGUCCAGGUUCACAGUCCGGUAAACAGGAAAUCACACAGACACAGCUGUACCUCCAGUAUUCCGAUGUUGGAGCUCUCAGGAGUUGUCAGGAUGUAACUUCGAGCGAUGGAUCGGAACGGAGUUUUGAUUUCCAGAAGACUCCUCAUGAUGGACUCAUCGUUCAGUUUCUACAGAAACAACAACAAAAUCAACUAAUGUCAGCGUGUCAACAAAAGACAAACAAGUAAACAAGAAAAACAAUUAUAAAAACAACAAAAACAACUAAAACAAACACGUAAACAACAAAAACAAACAUGUAAACAACAAAAGACAAACACGUAAACAACAAAAACAAACACGUAAACAACAAAAACAAACACGUAAACAACAAAAACAAACAUGAAAACAACAAAAACAAACAUGAAAACAACAAAAACAACUAAAACAAACAUGUAAACAACAAAAACAACAAAAACAACUAAAACAAACAUGUAAACAACAAAAGACAAACAUGUAAACAAACUAAAACAAACAUGCAAAGAACAAAAGACAAACAUGAAAACAACUAAAACAACAAAAACAAACAUUAAAACAAACAUGCAAAGAACAAAAGACAAACAUGAAAACAACUAAAACAACAAAAACAAACAUUAAAACAAACAUGCAAAGAACAAAAGACAAACAUGUAAACAACAAAAACAACAAAAACAAACUCAGAAACAACAAAAACAAAGAAAACAAACAUGAAAACAACAAAAACAAACAUGAAAACAACAAAAACAAACAUGAAAACAACAAAAACAACAAAAACAAACAUGUAAACAACAAAAACAACUAAAGACAAAUAUGUAAACAAACUAAAACAAACAUGAAAACAACAAAAGACAAACAUGUAAACAACAAAAGACAAACAUGUAAACAAACUAAAACAAACAUGAAAACAACAAAAACAACAAAAACAACAAUGAAACUGACCUUCCUGCUGACUUGGGUGUCGAUGAAGACGAUGUCAUCCAGGGUCAGGAUCAGUUUGGUGAUGUUCACUGAUCUCUUGUACUUCCUGUUAACACACACACACACAGACACACAGACACACACACACACACACACACACACACACACAAAGUUCUUGAGUAGUACUGGAGUAUGUUUUGAUAUUUGCAGAUAAAUCAUUGAUCAGUUUUGAACCUCAUCAACAAAAAAAUUAGACCUAUUUGGUAGAAACCAGACUGAUUGGACAACAAGUGUGUGUGUGUGUGUGUGUGUGUGUGUGUGUGUGUGUGUGUGCGUGUGUGUGCGAGUGUGUGUGUGUGUGUGUGUGUGUGUGUGUGUGUGUGUGUGUGUGUGUGUGUGUGUGUGUGUGUGUGCUUACUUAAUCCAGUAGAAUAAAACUCCGACCAGAAUGCAGAAUACCACGAAGAGGAACAGUAAUGUUGUCGAGUCCAGACCUGCAGAAAAACACGAUAUUUGAAGAUUGUUGUUUUUUUACCGGCAACACCUGAACGCCUCAUUUCAGACACAGAAUAACCCGGAUGUCUGAGAAUGAAUCUCCUGAACUCUAAGUGCCCACCCUUCCUGAGGGUCGCUGAACGCACCUCCAUUGCAGGACUCGUCCGGGUCGAACCAACAGAAGCUGGACAUGGGGGGUUUUCCUCCAGGAAAGAUGAAGACGUUCCCCAGACGUCUCAGACCUCCGACCGUCCCGUCUGUGUGGGUCGGUGCGAGCGAGUGAGUCGGCACGAGUCGGUCACCAUCACUGUCCAAUACAAUGUACCUGGCCUGGAGGCCACGCCCCUCCUUUCCUCCAUACAACACCUACAGAGAGAGCGGGAUGAGGCCUUGGUCAUGUGACUCAGGUUGGAAACAAAAAAGUUGACCUGUUUUUUCAAAGUUUUCAAAGUUUCUCACCUGGUUGAAACCCUGGAAUUCGAAGCCUCCGUCUGAGUGGAUGAGCUUAUCACCCGUCACCCAGUGCCCGCCCCCUGCCUGGCGACGCUCCUCCACCGCCUUAGCAACAAAGUACACCAUGUUGAAGAUGGUCCCAAAAAACGGAGACACCUGCAGACAAAACCCAGGGAAAACUUACGUCAACGUGUUGCUGUUGACUCGUGUGUGUGUGUUCAGCUACAGUCAGUCCGUUUCCAUGACACUCGAGAGAACCGAAUUAUCGCCUUAUUCCGAUUAAGACCGGACAACUGAAGGUCAUGUAAACACCAACUCUGAUCAAGACACCCAGAUAAUGUGAUUGGAAUUCGAUUUUCUCGACCAUGUGACCAGCGAAGUCGGAGAAUGAUCGGACAGUGCAUGCGUGCCGGAACAAAAACAACAAAGAAGAAGUGGCGCUAUCAUUUUCGACUCAGAAGCAACAACACGGCUGAAACACGAAAGAACGUCGACUUUAGGAACGACGAGGAAAACGCCGUUCUGCUUCCUGUCCUACAGAAACCGACAUUUUAAAGUUUACAGACGGUCGCAAAACGAGGAACAGAGACAUCUUUAAAAAUCGUCCAGAAACAGCGCCGCUGAAAAGACCCGUAUCGCCCCCUAGUGUUGGGGAGGAGGACACGUUCACGUCAAUGAGCUUAGUCCGAUUAAACUGUUCAUGUAAACGCACUGAUUGUUGUGUGUCCCUGAUGUGUAGUUGAAGUUGUGUAUUCCCUGUGUGUGUUACCUCUGUGGCGGACACCGCCGAGCGAAUCUCUCGCUGUAAUUGAGCCUCCCGGAAAGCUUCGUAGAAACCUUCGUCAGACGCCAUGGUAAUCGUCAGAACGGCGCUGUAGGCGUAACGAAGAUGAGUGCUGUUGGUCAGCUGAGGAAACGCCGUCUCCUGAUUGGACAGAGGGGGAAACAAUCAGCUGUUAAAGAACUACUGACUCACUGCUGGACAGCGCCCCUGGUGGACACAGGAGGAACUGCAGUUUAUUUGUUCAUUUGAGCCGACAGAAUCAACAUUUUAUUAUCGAAUGACUAACUCAGCAUUAAAGUGAACAGAGAGCAGCAGCGCCCCCUCAGGUCACAGAGGGAACUACAUGAAUUUGAUCAAUCCAAUAAGGAAACAGAUUCACUAGAACAUAUAGGCAGAAUAGUUGAUUAUUGGGGUGAUUGAUCACCUGGUAAGGCAUGGCGUACAGCAGAGCGUCAUAUGGAAUAAACACGUAACCGUCGGAAACCAUCCCCAUGUCCAGAGCCUCCAAUAGGAGCUCCUUCUGGUCCUCUCCACCAAUCAGAGCAGAGGUCAUGCACAUGAUCACAACUGGGGUUAAAAAUAAAGAGUUAAUUGAUCGUUAAUGUUUGAAACUUUUGAAACGUGUUCAGUGAUCGGUUAUAUCUUCAGCUCUGACCUUUGACCCUGUCUGCCUCUCUGAUCUCUCGAAGCGCCUCCCGAGGUCCGCCAUUCCUCUUUUUCUCCAUGGUAACCACCGGACCAAUCGGCAGUCCCAGAGCUCUGAGUGCUGAGGCCACUUCCUGUCCGGUGCUCUCCCAUAGGUCAGUCGGAGCUGGAGACCCAAUAAAGAGUUAUCAUGACGAGACCACACCCAUAAAAGUCUGACCGCCACCUGUGCAGUGACGCCACGCCCCUUACCUGAGAUGACGGCGACGUGCGCCCAGCGGAAGAACCUGAGGACGGUGAACAGGACUUUGCUGGGAGGAGUGAUAGGAGGGAGGUUUGGCCAGCUAGAAUCCAGGCAGCCUGGAGAGGCUAGCCCCGCCUCCCAAUGCUGAGCGUAUAGGGAGGCGGCGUGGCAGAGGGCGGGGUUAAAGGGUCCGAUGUAGGCGUGACCAUAUCCCUCCAUCUCCCCGAGUUCUACGAGCGCUGAAAAACAAUUUCAAUACUUCAGGAUAAACUUUCUGGAUUCUUACUCACUGAGUUAAAUCCCUGUCAGCUGAUUGGUUGACGUACCUUUGGAGGUGGAGCAAUCUUCGUCCAGCAGUUUAACGUCGUACCAGUACCCUCUGCUGAGGCCGCUGUCUCUGCGUAACCGUGACAACGCCAGGUUUGCCGCAGCCGUCGGCAUGGCCCGGGAGAACAUGGGGUCACAUGACCACGGGCCAAUCAGAGCCAGCUUAAAGGUUGCUGUCCAGACCUCUGUGAUGCAUAGCAACCACAGACAUGUGCCUAGCAACCAAUGAGGAAGCUGCAUCCUGGUGAUAAAAAAAAAGUAGAAUAAAGAGGUUUAAACGUUUCUGCUCCGUUAAAGUUGAGGACUAACCCCUAAUUUUCAACGCAUUUGGAACGGCGGUGAGUUACGCCGUACGACAGUUCACACCGGAUCUGUUUGUGAGGCGAAUGGCUGAGGAGUCCGGCGAUCCGCAGAGGAACGGAAAGAAGUCGGUGUAAAUUGACACGUUAACUUGAAUGGUUACGAUCAGCUACGAUCGGAGGAUACGACCUUUUAGGAGACGAUCAGGAUGAAGGUGGAGGUUGGGGGUAACUCUCUUUUGGAAAGGACAGUUGGACUUACUUGGGACGUUUCGCUAAUCCGCCAUGAAAUUCGGAUCUGGUAGGAAUUGUCGUACGGCGAAAAUCACCGCUGUUCUGGAUGCGUUGGAAAUUUGGGGGUAAAUAUUUAUCAAACUGACAUCAUCUCAACAUUCAAACCUCAAAAUAAAACCGAGGAGUGGAAUAAGUCGUCACUUCACCUCCACCUUUACCUGUAAGACAACAACAGUGACUUCACUCUCUCUCUCUCUCUGUCUCUCUCUCUCUCUGUCUAUCACUCGUCCGGUGUGACCGAUCAAACGGAUUGACCUCCACCGCUCUGUCCGACCUUUGACCUUUAAAUCCCCACAUGUUAAUGCUGACUGACCCCAUUAACUAAUGCUAAAGAGAGCUAAGGGCGCUAAGUUUAGAAACAAUGCUAACGCUCUUAAGACAAGCCGAGAGAGAGAGAGAGAGACGGAGCCCCGCCUCCAUCUGCUGACAUCAUAACCCCGAACAACACAAAGGUUCGACCUCCCCUCAUUCACCAGAGGGUAAAUAAAGUGAAGACUUGUCAAUAUCUGGACCCACGGGCAGAGGUGUGUUUCAGCUGGAGACCCCCGUACCCCCCCAGGUUAGGCUCCGCCUCCUCCCCCAAACUCCCUCAGGAUGAUAAGAGAAGGAGAAAGAUGGAGAAAGGAGACGAACAGUUCUCUGUUUACUUUGUUUUGGCCUUCAAAUUGGAUUAUUACUCCUGAUCCAAAUCCACUACCUGAGUUUAACUGACACCACCUUCCCCGUCUCUCCCAGAACUCUCCCAGUUCUCCCAGUAAGAAGACGAUGAACGAUCGUGUUAUCGAACCUUCUACCCUCCACUUCAGGACAAGCUCCUAAAAACACUCAGGAAGGUCAACCUGACAGAUCAGCUUCCUCAACCGCUGUCCGAUUAAGACUGCUUUGUCAGGAGGGAUCCCGGCGCCAACAGAGAGGUCACGGAGAGGGUCACUGAGACAACCAAUCAGGACGCAGGAGCAGGAACGUGCCGCGCUGGCCUGAAUCUAAACCCCCGACAGCAUCCAGGAGACGCUAAAUGAUCCACUUCCCCGAGUCCUUCACCUGCCUGACCCCUGCUGUGUUUACUGUUUCAGAGAACUGGGGGAAUCAAAAUAAAAACGCACCAAAGAAACCGCACCAAGAACUCUGAGCGGAAGGAUAAUGCACCAAGAACUCUGAAAGGAGGAAUAAUGCACCGUGGAAUUCUGCGCCAAAAGUCAAUCACUAAAAUUAAUGCACCAGGAAACAUUUACUGUUUUUCACAUAAACUGUACCAACAAGCACGCAUUAGGAACAGUGCGCUUUUCAACGCUUCAGGGCACUGCACCAACAUUCAUGGAAACAACGAAAACUGUGCAACAAAAGAUUGCACCAUAUAAAAACUGCACUACAGAACGCUGCACCAAAGAACAUUAACAACAGAAGAGUGCGCUGCACUUUAAUCCGUCUUUGACAGUCCUGGUAUUUCAAACUCUCACUUCACGAUCUUGGUGCGGAAGCUGCGAAUAUUCCCAUCGACGUUCUCGCACCUUCUCAGGUCAUCGGCGUGUUUUCUGUUGGAUUGUUUUCAGCUCAGUUUCAGUUUUACUUUCAGAGGUUUUCACUGUUCCAGACUUCCAGACUUCCAGACCCGGAUGGUCUGAGUCUAGAGGAGCUCUGAUCUCCCUGAAAUGAUCUGUCUGACCCAGCAGUCCAGGAUAAUGAUCAUCACCGCGCCAGAGUUUAAUUUCAUUUGGAAACAGAUCCAAGACGACCGGAUUAGUGCGGGUUAACGUACACAUACACACACACACACACACACAUGAACACACAUACACACACAUGCACACACAAACACAGAUUUUCCAUGACUCACAUAAAACCAACAUUCAGCUUUUCUACACUAGAUUCAACACUCAGACUAUAGAACAGAAUCUGUUUUUGUUUAUCGUAAAAUGCCGAACUCUGACUCGCUGCUGUCGGAACGACCUUAAUAAGAGAGACGACCUCCGAUCCAUCGCUCUUUAAAUCCACAUCCUCCUCUUCAUCAGAACUCAAAACUGUUGAAGGUGAAAUUAGAGACAGGAGGUUCAGGUGACGACUGUAAUCCAAUCACACACACACACACACACUCACACACACACACACACACAUACACACACACACACACACACACACUUGAAAGCUGUAAAUUUGAUUUCUCAGGACAAGCUGCUGAUCAGUGAUUGGCUGUUUUGAAAUCAGGUCAAACUUCCCCUCCUGUCGUUUCCAUCGAUCAAGUUUUUUUUCUUUUUUUUAAUUUGAACUGAAUUCUGUUUGUUUUUGUCCAAUCAGACGAGGAGCUUCAGGAAAAGAACAACGACUCUGACUGAAACACAUUCCUGCUACUGUCUCUUUAAGAGAUUUCAAAGACCUACGGAACCCAACAUUCUAGAACACGGAACCACAGAACCCAACAUUCUAGAACACGGCUUUCCUGAACUUAUGCUGCGUUCCAGUUGUUCUCACAAGUCAGGAUUUCUGAUCUCCGAGUCGGAAAUUCAUCUGGAACGCCCCCCUGAAGUCGCAUUUCCGAUUCCGUAAGUCAGACGAUCCUCGCCAACCCCGACUUGACGACAACGUGAUAAUUCAAGAUGGCAGCGCAGUGCAUCAACAGUGAAUUUCUUGUAAUGUUCGAUUUAUUCGCACUUCUGUUUUGUUUUUGGUGUUUGUACGAGUAAAAUACCGUGUUGUACGUCGUUUAUAACUGGUACAGCUAACAACGGCUGACAAUUAUAAACAACGGCUAACAGCGGCUAACCGUUGGCGUCCACCUUAGUUUUCUGACUUGUUGACUGGAUCGCUGUCAACUCGGCUGUAACGUCAUUCCCAGCUCCGACACCUGACUUCCGAGGGAACUUGAACCAGGCAUCAGCAUGGUCAAACCAAUCACUACAGAACCCAGAACCCGGACCCGUUGAACCCUGAACUUUAUCUUGCUUGCCAGGACUUGGCACUGCAGAACCCGUCAUUCCAGGACCUAAAGAUCUGAACCCGACCCCCAGAAUCCAGUAGUCAAAACCUUUUAUUCCAAAAGCAAGCUCCGCAGAUCCCAGGACCCUGACAUUCCGGAACUCAGAACUCUAGAACCCAGGAUUCCUAGAACCGAUUUCUACCUGCUGCCAGUUCAGAGCCGCCUGGUGGGAUUCCACCGACACACCUUUACCUCACGGCCUGACACUCUGACUCUGUCGGUGUUGACAACUUAAAAAACUCCUUUAAAGAGGCCAGUUCCACCAAGACCACAGUGAACCGAGCUCAUCCCCCCCGGACUCAAAUGCCGGGACAGUCAGCUUGGAGACCCUGGGGUCAGAUCAAACUAAGUCCCUCCUGGACUAAACAGUUCCUGCUCCACCAGCUGAUGUCCGUAUAGAUCUGGUCUCUGGUCUCAGUCCGGUUUGAGUCUGCGGGAGGUACUGAAGGGAAACUCAACAGAGAGAGAGAACCUCAGAACAGCAGAGGAUCUGGAAAUAUCUGAAAAAGUCCUGUUGGGAUUAUUCUUGAAAUCAGAGACUGUCCUGCCUGAUUAUCAGAGCAGGUCUGCAGUACACACACACACACACACACACACACACACACACACACACACACACACACACACACACACACACACACACACACACACACACACACACACACACACACACACACACUCCUAUACUUAUGAUAAUAAUCCAGAAAAACCACCUCGGAGUGACCGGACUCUGGUGGUACAGGCCUAAUCCACACAUGCAGACAUGACUGAAUGAUGUGAUGUUGGUUAUUAUACCUCCAGCCACAAGAUGGCGCCAUUGGUCCAGUGUGAUGGAGGCAGACACUCACCCUUUAAUAAACCACACACCUCUGUAGUUUCAGACCAUGAAACUGAGAAUUCUCAUUUACUGUCACUCAUUCAGCUUUCUCCCAGAAGGAGGCGUGGUCAGUUUGGCGAACAGGAAGUGACAUUUGACUUCUCUCAUGCAUUGUUAUCUUUGUUUUCACUUUUCCAAAUGUGAUCAACCGCCCAGUUUCUCUCCUCCUCUGUCUGGAUCGGGUCGGUUCAGGUUCACCCGCCUCUCUUUUCGGGUUUCUGCGAUUUCUGAUUCGGUCACACGGACGUCAGGGGAACUUUGUGAAGUUGACCUUUUAUAGACGCACUGAAGGACAGAUGCUCCUCCCACUCGACCAUCUCUUAUGGAAGCAAAUUUGGAUCAUAAUUCAGAUGAAUAACAGAAAUGCAUUUUCUUUAACUUCAUUCAAACAUAAAAUAAAAAUCCAUUUAAGAUUAAAUUUUCUAAAUACGCCCCAGAAAAUAUGAACCAAAAUGUCAAAUCUGAAAAUUCAAAUUUAUUUGCAUAAUUUGACUCAGAAAUAAAAUUAAGAAUAAAUGAAACAAACUGCAUUUUCAUUUUCUUAUUCCAGCGGCACAUUUCAUAACACGAUUCAAAAGAGAAACCAAACAUGUCGUUGUUUUUCCAUUUUCAUGUCUGCCUGCAAAAUGUGAAGCUCAAACAAGAAAAUGAAAAUACAGUUUUUAUUAUCUAUUCUAAAUAUUAUUUCUGAGUCAAAUUAUUCAGUUUGGACUUUGGAACGAAAAAGACAAACUGCAAAUUCUCAGAUCUGACACUUCAAAUUGAAUUUUGGUUCAUUAAGUUACAGAGUGAUCAAUUAUGAAAAAGAAAAAGCCGCUCCGAUUUUUUAUUUUUUAUUUUAUUUAUGAGUCAAAAAGUGCAGGUACAUCCUGAAAACACAACUGCAUUUCUGUUCAUCUAUUUUCAUUUUUGAAUUAUGAUAUAAAUUUUCUUCCAUAAUCUCUCGGCUGUUUUUAACCACUUUGUUUCAGGUCCGAUUUCUUCGACUUCGGACGUCUAACUUGUUUUGUUUGAGUCUGUUGACCAAUCAGAGGGUCUGUUAUAAAUGUCAGUCAGUGUUGAAGAGUAAUCCUCCCGUCACUCAGAGAUGGUUUUAUAACAGCAGAGCAGAACAGUCUGUCUCUGUGAGAUAACAUCGUAACAGACUCGGUUAUAAACGGCGACUUUUUUCAUUCUUCUGUUUCUGAUAUUUGGACUUUUUCGCUCAAAUGUUUUAUAAGCUACUUCAGAAAACAUCGGCACAGCUGCAGCUGACUUCGUAACAUCGUUCAGCUCCGACAGUUUCAGGAAAAAAAAGCCUCGGCAAACUUUAAAACGCAUUUUAACUCCUUUUUAAGUCACUAUGAGCCCUAAAACCUGCGGUGAAAAAGGAGCAGUCCGCAGAUUUAAAGGGACAACCUGCUCAUUGAAUAUGUUAUGUAAGGGAUACAGAGGCUGUAUUAUAUUAUGGGGUGCAGUUAACACUUUAUUAAAUGCACCACUUAAACUAACAUUACCAUGGAAACGGUUUAAAGUGGAUUUUCAGACAGUUUCUUGGACACUCGUCUCCUUUUCUGUCACUUUCUGUUGUUUUCUGUCAGCCACACAUCGAAACAUCUAAGCGUGCAAAGUGAACGCCCUUACAUGAAAAACCUUCCACCAAACUGAAGCCGCCGUGCACACUGACUUUAAAACACACACUCUCACACACACACAGAGUUUACCUUUAACUCAGGGGUUCAUCUGUCCAAACAAAAUCCUUCAAUGUCUCUCCAUAAGAUCCAAACUCCUCCGAAGGCGCAGGAAAACGAUGAGCUGCAGAAAGUGCUGAUGUCAGGCUGAACAGGAGCGAGAGAGAAACACACACACACACACACAUGCACACGCACGCACACACGCACGCAGUUACACAAACACACAUGGAGAGGACUUAUCUUAAUCUUGUUUAGAGUUCAGGAAGAAGUUUGGCUUCAGGGCAGAGACAGUAAUGAGAGGAUAACUUACUGAGUGAGUGAGAGAGGGACCGUCUUCCAAUCAGAGGUCAUUUCCUUAAAGUGACAUCAUGUUCUCGCUCUGAUGUCACAGACGCAGGAAGUCUCAGGUCUACAUCUGGGGUGAACUCUGCUCCUCAUGCCCCCCUCUAUCGGCCCCGUCCCCCUCAGGUCCGGUUCUCAAUGAUAUUGUGCGGUUUGCUCUGUUGGCGUCUUCACUGUCUGCUGCACGGAGCUGCGUUGGGCACUCUCAUCCUGACGGAGCUCAAAUCCAAAUCCAAGGACAUGCAGACCGGAAGAGUGAAUGUCCAAAAUCCAAACCAGGACUGAACCCCCACUCUUCAACCUUCCAGGAUCCUGGAACACACUAUCUGGGUAGGCUGUGUGAUCUCAUGGUGGUUGGAAUAAACCUCUUGGUGGCCCUCAUGAAAAUGGGAACCACCAUCCUGGUCUUCAGUCCCACACCUACUCUCUCCACUGAAGAGCUGUAUCAGCCAAGUCAACCCAAAAGAGUCCAGAACCUUCAGCCUGGACUCUCAUCCACCCACCUGUCACCAAGGUCGUGAACUUUGGGUCGUGACUGGAAGAGUUGGACUGUAGAUACAAACAGCAGAGAGGAGUUUCCUCCAAAGGGGGGCUGGACUCAGUGGAGACAGGGUCAAAAGUUUGUUCAUCUGAAGUGAGUUCAGAAGACGGCCAGUUCUUAUUUGCACUGAAAGGGGUCAUCUCAGGAAGGAUGGAUGGAUGGAUGACUGAGUUCUGACCCCCAAUUUUCACCGCAUACGGAACGGCUCCGAUCCGGAGUGGCUGCAAUUUUUGCCAUCUGCCAAUUCCAACAGGAUCCGUUGGUGAGGCCAAUUUUGUGGUGGAUUAUGGACAGUGGUAAUCGCAAGAACUCACAAGAACCCGCGGUUUCACGUGCAAUUGCGCAAUAACGAGUUGUAAUGAGUGUUUUAUUUUGAAAAGAAGCCGGAUGUUUUAUUUUGUGUCUGUGCCCGACUUCCUUUCCAGCACGGGUUAAUCUGUGCUGAAUUUAUCCGCCAUGCUCCGGCGUCCAGAAAAAAUAGAACUCUUGUGAUCAGCUGAGGAGUCCGGCGAUCCGCAGAGGAACGGAAAGAAGUCGGUGUAAAUUGACACGUUAACUUGAAUGGUUACGAUCAGCUACGAUCGGAGGAUACGACCUUUUAGGAGACGAUCAGGAUGAAGGUGGAGAUUGACACGUUAACUUGAUCGGCGGAUACAGCCUUUUAGUAGCCGUUCCGGAUGCGGUGAAAAUUGGGGGUGAAAGUCCAAUGUUCUACCAGAUAUCAGGGCAGCCCAAGCCUUUCUGAGAGCAGUGCCUUCAGUUUUGUCUCAGUUAGGUCAUCAGGAUCCUUCUGCCCUUACUGAGCGUCCAGAGUUAAGAUGGCUUCAUCCUGCUCACUGAUAAGUUUGAGUGUCAUCUGCAUAACUGAGGAUUUAUGGAGGGUUCACUGAUCACACUAACUAACAUGAGGGAGCAGAAAUCAGAUGAAUAAAGAUUGAUCUGUUUAAUAGGCUUAAACCUGAUGCAGGUCCUUUAAUGCCAAUUAAGUUUCCAAGCCUGUGUAACAGGAUGUGAUGGUCAAUUGUGUCAAAUGCAGCAACUAACAUAACGAACAGGACAAGUCAAGAAGUCCUCCAUCCCCAUCAUGGCGGAUAAUUCGAACUUCUCUGUGACUGAUGAACCUGAAACGAAUCCACUGAGACCCUGAAGCACAGUCCUUCAGAAUCGCACAGGGUCUCAGUGUUGAGCUGAGCUUUGCGGAUCUGAAGGGUUCUGUAGACCUUUGGUGCCCUGCAGUGCUCAACCUUUGGCAUCAUUUCUUUGUCCUGCAGGGGUUUCAAGGCUGCAGUGUUCAAGGUCUGUAGUGUUCAGCGGUCUGCAGUGUUUCAGGUGGAGUGGGGCUGAUCUGCUAAUCCUGAUCUGGAUUAGGUCCAUCCCUAGAGAUCACAGUUCCCAGCUGGUCUGCAGCCAGGAAUAGAGGCAGGAUUAGACCUGUGCUAACCCGCCUCGAACAGCCUGGAAUGGUUCUGAUUCCCUAAUAGGUGAGGGUGUGCCAGCUGGGUCAAACUCU